AUCGUCGUCGUCGUCGCCCAGUUGGAGGAAGUGUACUUUUACAAUUUCAAUAUUACAGUAACAUUUAAAAUUUAACGGAAUCGGUUCAUAUAAAGAAUCUGUAUUGAAUAUUUUAACAAAAAACGGAGAUUAAAGCGUAGAUCCUCAAAUAAUCGUAAUGAAUAAUUGUAUGCUAAUUUGUCCAACCGGUGAUUUUUUUUUAUGUAAGCUUAUCCAAAUAAAUCUUCAUUUAUGACGUAUUAAUCGACAAAACUUGAGGAUGUAAAAAGUAUAUACAGCAGAGAUAAACUUAUAAACUCUUGACUCAACCAACGUAGCAUAAAGACUGAAAGAUAACACUUAUAAGCAAUAAGAAUAUACAACAUUAAUAAAAUUGAAAAUAUAUGAUAAAACUGCAUGUUUACGUCACAUCUUAGUAACUUAUACUUGCAACAAUGAGUUUGUGUUAGUGAUUUAUCAUUAUAUUUUCUGUUGCGUAUGUACUUCAUGUUUAUUUGAUCUAUGAUCUCGCGAUCUCUAAUUUUUGCAUUUUAUGUAUUACAGAUAUAGUAUAAAUACGAUGAUGCUGUUAGGCUUCAUUGCGUUAAUGUACUAUAAGUACGUUUAAAGAUAGUAGAUUAAUUGUGCAUGCAUGAAUAAGAUGAAAAAAAUCGUCUUCUAUAUUUGUACUUUUAUGUUCGUUACUUUUGCUGUUGAUUCAAAGAAGCUUGGAUCUGGAGACAAAAAUUAUACUACUUGCUUAACUGAAAAUAAUGUAUCUGAUGAUGACAUUUUCACACUGCAAGAUAUAAUACACGACCGACACAAAUCCGAAGACCAGAACAAAAUAAAAAUGAAUGGUUGUGUUGCACAAUGUCUAUUUCAAAAAGCAGGAAUAAUGCAAAAUGCGGAAUAUCAUCCUAAUUUUGAAAAAACUGAAAAAACAAAUGCUCAACCAGAAGAUAAACUGUUUGAAGCUUUAGACAACUGCAUAAAUGAAACAAAGAACCUUACAGAAAAAUGCGAAAAAGCUUUCGCUCUUACUGAAUGUUUCCUAAAAGCUCAAGAUAAAAUCUUUCCUACUUCUGAAAACCAAGAAUGCGAGCAUGAGCAUGAACAUCAGAAUGAAUCCGAAAAAUAGUGAAUACAAAUGAAAAUAGCCAACAUAUAAUUAAUAUGUAAAAAUCUAUGUGUAAUAUUUCUAAUAAAAAGAUCUAUUUUGAU